AUGCCUUCCAUCGUAAAGAUCGUCGCGGCCUCGGCUCUGGCAACUUUCGCCUUCGCUGGACCUGUGCCUCCCGCAAAGCGCGGCAUUACUGUCAACCAGAAGACACCCAAGCCCUAUCGAAAACCCGUUGUGCAACUCCGCAACGCUUUUCAGAAGUACAAUGUCGCUGUCCCCGAAGAUGUUGCGAAAGCUGCCGCUGGCGAAGGCACUGUCGCAGCGAACCCAGAAGACGGAGACGUCGAGUAUCUCUCACCUGUCGAAAUUGGUGGUCAGACAAUCAACCUGGAUUUCGAUACUGGAUCUGCUGAUCUCUGGGUCUUCUCCUCUCAGCUCCCUCGCAGCCAAACCUCUGGCCAUGAAAUUUACAACCCCUCCAAGUCAUCAACGUCCAAGCAGCUCAGUGGCGCUUCGUGGAAGAUCCAGUAUGGUGACGGAUCCGGUGCAAGUGGAAAUGUGUAUACGGACAAUGUUGAUGUCGGCGGUGUGAUCGUUAAAGGCCAAGCUGUCGAGGCGGCAAAGAAGAUCAGCGGGCAAUUCCAGCAGGAUGCCAACAAUGACGGUCUUCUAGGUCUUGCGUUCAGUAGUAUCAAUACUGUACAACCACAAUCGCAGACUACUUUCUUCGACUCUGCGUUAGCACAAGGACUUCUUACCAAACCAGUCUUCACUGCCGAUCUCAAGAAAGGUGCCCCUGGAUCGUACGACUUUGGCUUUAUCGAUGACAGCAAGCAUACCGGCGACAUCGUGUACACUCCAGUGGACAGCUCGAAUGGGUUCUGGGAGUUCACUGCCGGAGGAUACGGUGUCGGCUCUGGUAAUUUCGAGGAACAACAAUUCCAAGCCAUUGCGGAUACUGGUACCACUCUAAUUCUCGUCGAAGACUCUAUCGUGGAGGCGUACUACGGCCAGGUCAGUGCUGCCAGCUAUGAUAGCCAACAAGGUGGUUACACCUUCGACUGCGGCACCGAACUUCCAGACUUCGUUGUCGGCAUCGGAGAUGGUCAGGCCACAGUCCCGGGCAGUUUGAUCAACUUGGCGCCUGUUGACUCAUCUGGUUCCACGUGCUUCGGUGGCAUUCAGUCGAAUCAAGGUCUGCCUCAAGCAAUUUUGGGUGAUGUGUUCCUCAAGGCGUUUCUUGCCGUCUUCGACAACGACGGCCCACAGUUUGGCUGGGCACCCAAGGAGCUGUGA